AUGCUUAGCUGGUAUUCUAUAAGUUCAUUAGCAAAUAUAAUUGGUAAACGUCUUUUAACUAUAUUUCCACAUCCAUUUAGUGUUACACUUGUUCAACUUUUUCAUGGAUGGGUUUAUUCUGUACCAUUACUUCGUUUCAUUGGUAUACCACAAUCAACUAACUUACACUCAACACGUAUUUAUUAUAUAACUAUUUUGAUUCCUUUAGCAAUAGGAAAAUUACUUUCACAAUUAACUUCACAAAUAAGUUUACGAUUAGUAACAGUUUCAUAUACCCAUACAGUUAAAGCAUUAAUGCCAUUAUUUACAGUUAUAUUCUCGCGAAUUAUACUUCGUGAAGAACAAUCGAUAACGAUUUAUCUUUCACUAUUACCUAUUAUUACUGGUGUUAUUAUAGCUUCCAUAAGUGAAUUAUCAUUUAAUGUUAUUGGCUUAGUCAGUGCAUUACUCAGUACAUUUUUACUUGCUCUUCAAAAUAUUUAUUCCAAAAAAACACUUAAAUAUAUUAAUAUACAUCAUUUAGCACUUUUAUCUGUUCUCUCAAAAUUAUCCUGGUGUCUUCUUAUACCAUUUUGGUUUUUACUUGAUGGAUCACAUAUUGAUAUUAGACGAGAAUUAACACCAACAGUUAUAUAUUUUAUAUUAAUUGAUGGUUUAUGCAAUUUUAUUUAUAAUGUUCUUGCAUUUACCAUGAUUUCAUAUCUUUCACCACUUACGUAUGCUAUAGCAGGAAGUACAAAGCGUAUUGUUGUUAUUAUUCUGUCUAUUAUUAUUCUUCAUAAUCCUGUAACAUAUAUGAAUUUAUUUGGUAUUAGUUUAGCUUUAAUUGGUGUUAUUUUAUACAAUAAAGUAAAAUUUAAUGAAAAAAAACAACAAUUAUUAUUAUUAAAUAAGAUGUCAAUACAACCGAUAUUACAAUCACCAUUACCAUAA